AUGAUUGCUUGGAAUCUUCGUGGUUCUGGUAAAAAAUCGGCUAAUAAAGAGCUUAAAUUACUUUGUAAGAAUGUCAACCCUGACAUUAUCUUCCUCUCUGAGACUAAAAUGAACAAAGACAUGGCAGAUAGAAAACUGAGAAAUAUGGGUUUCCCCUGCACCUUUAAUGUUCCCAGUGUGGGUAGAAGUGGUAGUCUUGCUUUUUCUUGGAAGAAAGAAGUCCACCUCAAUAUCAUUUCAUCCAGUAUGAGGGGAAUCUAUGUUACCACUGCUGACAUUAUCCAUUCUAAGACCUGUCAUAUACACUUCAUAUAUGGUGAACCAAACAGUAGUCUAAGACAAGCUUUUUGGGAACAACAAUGUCAACAGACUAAUGUUCCUUUAGAUGAACCAGAUUUCUUUAUAGGAGAUUUUAAUGCCCUUUUAGGAACUGAGGAUAAAAAUGGUGGUCUAGAAGUUGAUGACCCUGAUUUUGAAAAUCUUAGGAACUUUUGUUCUGUUUUCAAUUUGCAUGAUCCUGGUUUUUCUGGACCUAGGUUUACAUGGUCCAAUAUGCAACAAGGAUUUAAUUAUGGGGAUAUCUGCAUGCCUAGACCUUUCCAUUUUAUGGCCAUGUGGAUAGAGGAUCCUACUUGCAGAGACAUUAUAUCAAAUUCUUGGUCUGUUAAUGUGGUAGGUUCCCCUGCCUACAAACUUAAAGCUAAGAUUUUGAGUACCAAGAAAGGUCUAAGAGAUUGGAAUAAGUCUUCCUUUGGUAAUAUUCAAACUAAUAUAUCUACCAUUAGUAAAGAAUUUGGUGAUCUCCAAAUUUCUAAUCCAACUGAUACUAGUAAUACUUCUAGACUAAAAGCUAGGCUAGAAUAUCUGUAUAAUUUGGAGGAGUUAUAUUGGAAAGACAAAUCUAGAGAAGUCUGGCUCUUGGAAGGUGACAGAAACUCACCAUAUUUCCACAGAGUAACUCUCUUUAGAAGAAAAAUAAAUGCCAUCAGCUGGAUAAAAAACUCUUCAAAUAUUAUUCUAACUGAUAGAGAUAGUAUUGGAAAUUCUUUCAUAGAUUAUUUUAAAGGCCUUUAUUCCUCUCACCCUCAGCAAUUUCAAGAUGAAAUUCUUGCUGACCUCCCUGUUAAGUUCUUAGAAGAAGACAAUAUCUCUUUAAAUAUGCCUCUUACCCCAGAGGAAAUUAAGAAUGCUAUCUUCCAAAUGGGUGGGAAGAAGGCCCCUGGUCCUGAUGGGUUCACUGGCCAAUUUUACCAAAAACAUUGGAAUAUUGUGGGAGAUGUUGUUGUUGAUAUGACUCAAACCUGUUUUAGAACUAGUAACAUUGCCAAGGUUUUUAAUCAUACCAUUGUAGCUCUCAUUCCCAAAGUCCCUCUUGCUGAAUUGAGUGCUUUUAUCUCCAAGAGGAGCAUUUCUGACAAUAUUUUUCUAGCUAAUGAGGUCAUUCAUGCAGUCAAUCAUAAUGAUAAAGUUGAGGGCAUAACUGCCAUUAAACUUGAUAUGUCUAAGGCCUAUGAUAAGCUAGAAUGGGGUUUCUUGGAAAAAGUUUUAACUAAAAUGGGUCUUUCUAACCACUGGAUUAAACUGAUAAACCAGUGUGUUUCUACUGUGUCCUACUCUGUCCUUCUUAAUGGUAAUCCUCCUGGUUUCUUUCAACCUGAGAGAGGGAUAAUGCAGGGAGACCCUCUUUCUCCCUAUCUUUAUAUCAUCUGUUCUGAGGCCCUCUCUUCCUACAUUGAUAGCCUCCAUAAGAAAGGGAGGGCCUGGGAUCUUUCAAAGAAUGACAAAUUUUCUUCUAAAUCUGCCUAUUUGGGGCUCAGAGGCCUUAGGCAUUCCCCUUCUAAAAACCUUUGGAGGUGUAUUUGGAAAGUUAGAGUACCCUAUAGAAUACAGGUCUUUCUUUGGAGAGAAGCUAGAAAUGUUUUGCCCUCUAGAACUGUCAUUCACACUAGAAUGCCUAUGCAUAGUGUGGAUUGUCCUAGAUGUUCUGAUCCUCAAGAAACUAUCAUGCAUGCUUUGGUCACUUGCCCCUUUGCUAGUAAGUCUAAACUGUCUGAGGAUGAUUAA